AAUCCAGAUGUGUAUGUAUAAGUCAGAUUUGACCAUAUGGGACAACAGAUGACUUGCAGUUUGAGGGAACACUAACAUGCCAACCUGAUAUAGCUGAUGGAAACCUUGCUUUUAGCAUGGUAUCAUGUUUGCAACCAUGGUUAUCCCUGGUCGCUAUCCACAGAUAAUGGUGGAAUAACUAAACACUGCAAAAUAAAAAUCACCCCACUGAUGGAGGAGAUAAUUUUCUACGAGGACAGGAACUUCCAGGGUCGCUCCUAUGAGUGCAGCAGCGAGUGCUCUGACCUGCAUUCCCACUUCAACCGCUGCAACUCCAUCAGGGUGGACAGUGGUGACUGGAUGGUCUAUGAGAGACCCAACUACAUGGGCUACCAGUACUUCUUGAGGAAGGGUGACUAUCCAGACUACCAGCGUUGGAUGGGAUUCAAUGACUGCGUGCGGUCCUGCCGUAUGAUCCCUGUGGUAAGCCCUAGGGUGUUUAUGCAAGCGUCACCAUGCAAUAUGUUUCUUUUAAUGAUUCCUAACUUCUCUAGAGGCUUUUCUGCAGCACCAAGGCUCCCACAGAAUGAUGAUCUACGAACGCCCAGAGUUCGGGGGACAGAUGAUGGAGCUGACCGACGACUGCCCGUCCCUGUACGAACGCUUCCAUUACAACGACAUCUACUCCUGCAACGUGACGGACGGCCACUGGAUCUUUUACGAGCACCCGCACUACAGGGGACGCCAGUACCUGAUGCGCCCGGGUGAAUACAGGAGGUUUAAUGAGUGGGGAAGCAUGAGCCCCAGGGUGGGAUCCAUCAGACGCGUCACUAUGUGAAAAAGUGAGAUGUCCAGUCACUG